UGCACUGCUCACCGUUGUCAAAAGUCUUGCUCUCUUGGGUCACUUAUCGAACUCUGGCCGUGUCAGCCUGCGUACUUUCACUUAUUUGACGGAAUAAUGCAUUUUUCAGGCGCAGGCCUCGCGGAAAUAGGGCACGGGCAGGGGCCCGGAGCAGGACCAGCGCCUGGAAGCUGCAAUCCGCGUAAAUUCAGCGAGAAAAUCGCCCUGCACAAUCAGCGACAGGCUGAAGACACAGCCGCUUUCCGAGAGGUUAUGACGGACGUUACUUCCAUCAGGGUUCAGGCUGAGAGAAUCCAGCAAACCAGAGGCUUGGUCCCGUACUAUGGAGGAUCGCUGCCAAAUGUCAAUCAGAUUUCAAGAUGCUCCACAGAGACCCAGCACCCAAGUUAUCUCACCCAGCAGCUCCUAGAGGCAGAUGAAGAGUACAGAGACGUCCAGCCCAGUCCCCUUGGCAGACUGCACAGGAGACAUUUUGAUAGUGCUCCCUAUCUCUCUACCCACCUCUCUCCUCCUCGAGGUUCUACCUGGAGAAGAAACUGGUCCAGUUGUUCUGCCACUGAGAAGAGCCAGAUGGUCUGUCUUCCUCUGACAGCUCUUAAUAGAACCAACUCUGACUCAGCCCUCCAUACCAGUGUGCGAAACACCCAGUUGCAUGGCCACCCGAAAUCUGUCCAAAAUCUGAACCAUAUAUCUAGACACCGUGGGUUUGCACAUCCAGCACCACUAAUUGAAGAAAAUAUUCAAGAGGAGACACAAUCUCCCAAACUAAAGAAGUUAUCCUCAAUAGCAUCAUCAGGAUAUGAAACACCUGUUGUUCACAACUUCCCAUUGCCUGAUCAGCAGAUAUCAUCCCUCUCUGUCCCGUCAGCCCUCAGUACGAGUGGCUCUCUUCCAGAUCUAUCCAGCCUCCACCUGCCUUCUCCUCUUCAUGUAGGCCAGGAUUCUGAGCCCCACAGUGGUGCGGAACAAUUGAGCAAUGCAUCCACGUACCCUGACGUUAUGGCUGGCUUUAACUUACCAGGUCUGUCCUCAUCUCUUCAGGCAUCUUUAAGUAAUCCUUUGCUCCAGUCUUCACUCAGCAAUCCCAACAUCCAGACCUGUCUGAGUAGCCACUCCCUGCCCAGCUCUCUCAGCUCCACUUCUUUGCGCCUGUCACUUAGCAACUCUUCCCUGCAGUCAUCACUCAGCAACCAGUCCCUGCAGUCCUCACUUAGUAGCUCUUCACUGAGUAACCAGUCCAUCCAAUCAUCUGCCAGCCGUUGCAGCCACAGCAGCAGUGGAAUGGGCGGAUCUCGCUCUUGCUCCUCUUCUUCUCUCUCUGGUUCUCCACAUGUAACUGGCCACACCCAUGCCGCCACAUCACGAAAGAGAGCCCAGCUCAGCCCACUCAUUGUGCCCAGUGGAGGAGAGUCCCGCUGGCAGCAUCCAAAGCAGUUCUCACCCACAGUGUCUCCAACCAUGUCUUCUGUAUCCCAGGGUGCUCUCCUCAACAAAGUUCUGAAGGAGACAAAGCCACCAGCGUAUCCCUGCACUCAGCAUCUCAGAUCCGCUCCUCCACUGUCCCAUCAGUCAAUGCGGCAGUAUUUCCAGCCAGAGGCACAGCAUCAGUCAAUCCCUGAGAUAGAACAAUGGAGUCAAGAUGAACACCAGUCACAACAUCAACAAACACACAGUCAGACACAACAACACCAUAUUCACAAACACAGUCGGCCCCUGCAGCAUCAUUCACAACCACACUCUAAAUAUCAUCAGCAAUUACUGUAUCAUUGCCAGACUCACCAACCACACAUCUCGCUGCAAGCGCUUACCCAACAGCAGCAACAACAGCAUCAACUGUACACACAGUUCCAGCCUCAUCAGAUACCCGAGGAGCAGUACCAGUGUCCGGACCAGUGGCAGAUGCCAUGCCAAGAGGGCCAGUACCAAAAUCAACAGCUACAUCAACCUAUAACUUUCACCUCUCCAGGUCAAGAGAAAAACUGGAAACAUAUAACAGGCCCACAUGGCUUGCAACAUGCUCAAAUGAAACGUAGACACUCUAUGCAGACUACAGAAGAACCAAAACCACUAUCUAAGGUUGCUAUCCAUGAGAGUCAAGGAAAGGGACUGAAGGUCCCUCAUUAUAGGGAAAGUGAAGUAACUGUAGAAAAUCCAGGUUUACAGGAUAAAGGUUUUGAACUAAACAAGGAAUCAUAUGUUGGCUUACAUCUUACCCCUAGUCAGGCAAAGGCCCUUUCCCAGCAGCUUGGAGUGCUUCAGAAAGAGCCUCUAGGUGGCAGUAGAGUGUCAGAUCUUAACUGUGAAGCUGCAGAAAGCGAGGAGCCGCUGCUACAGAGUCAAAGCUACAGUGCUGGAGAGACACAAAAUGUGUUCAACAUCAACUUAUCUGACCCAUCAUCCUGGCUGGACCAGGACAUAUCAAGUCUGCAGGACUCUAUUUUGGAGUUUGAUCUAGAAACGUUUGGCCUGGACACUAACUUAGGUUGGCCAUGAAUGAAUCAUAAAAGUUGUUAUGACAUAAAUGUUGUUAUGACACAUUUAUUCAAACAAGUACCCUUUUUGCCAAUGGAACUGAAAUAUAGUCCUUAGAGUCAACUUUAUGUAAUGUUAACUAUAAACUGGCUUAAAGGUUCUUUAAGGGAACUAACAUAAACAUUUU